AUGCCGAUUACCAACGGUGACGCCAUGUUUGGCGGCGCUCCCCUGCUCUCUAAGCAACAGAUUCUCCCUCACCAGAAGGCCAUCGAAGUCCUCAAGGAGUACGAGUCUCGUGAUGGCUUGAACAUUGACCAGCUGCUUGACUCGAACAAGAAUGGAGCGCUCACCUACAACGAUUUUCUGGUCCUUCCUGGCUACAUUGGCUUUGCCGCCUCCGAUGUGACACUCGACUCCCCCGUCACCAAACGAAUCUCGCUGAAGACGCCCCUUUUGUCCUCCCCUAUGGACACCGUUACCGAAGACAACAUGGCCAUUCACUUGGCCUUGCUCGGCGGUCUAGGUGUUAUUCAUCAUAACUGUUCGGCAGACGACCAAGCGGAUAUGGUCAGGAAAGUCAAGAGAUACGAGAACGGUUUCAUCUCCGACCCCGUCUGUCUCUCUCCCAAGACCACUGUCGCCGAAGCUGUUGCUCUGCGAGAUCAGCUCGGCUUUGGCGGCUUUCCCGUUACAGAGGACGGCCAGCUUAGAUCCAAGCUGAUUGGCAUUGUCACGAACCGUGAUAUUCAGUUCCAUGACAACCUGGAGGAACCUGUAUCGGAAGUCAUGUCGAAGGAUCUCGUCACUGCCCCCGCCGGUACGACCUUGGCCGAAGCCAACGAUGUCCUCCGCCAGUCCAAGAAAGGCAAGCUACCAAUUGUUGACAGCAAUGGUAACUUGGUGUCUCUCCUUUCUCGAACCGAUCUGAUGAAGAAUCACAAUUAUCCUCUCGCCUCGAAGCUGCCUCAUUCUAAGCAGCUGAUUGCUGCGGCCGCUAUUGGCACCAGACCCGAUGAUAAGACCAGGCUUCAGAAACUGGUUGAUGCAGGGCUCGAUGUUGUUAUCCUCGACAGCUCUCAGGGCAACAGCCUCUACCAGGUUGGGAUGGUCAAAUACAUCAAAGAGACGUACCCUGGGCUUGAUGUCAUUGCUGGAAAUGUUGUGACUCGAGAGCAAGCCGCUACCCUGAUUGCUGCUGGUGCCGAUGGCCUGAGAAUUGGCAUGGGCAGCGGCAGCGCUUGCAUUACGCAGGAAGUCAUGGCUGUUGGCCGUCCUCAAGCUACUGCUGUCCGUGCUGUAGCAUCAUUCGCUGCUCGGUUCGGCGUUCCCUGUAUUGCUGAUGGUGGCAUUCAGAACGUGGGCCACAUUGUCAAGGGCCUUGCCAUGGGUGCUUCUACCGUCAUGAUGGGGGGUCUCUUGGCUGGCACUACGGAGUCUCCAGGUCUCUCCUUCGUUCGCGAUGGAAAGCUUGUGAAGGCUUACCGCGGCAUGGGCAGUAUUGAUGCCAUGGAAGACAAAAAGGCCGGAGCCGGUGCAGCCAACUCGAAGGCCAGCAACGCCGGUACCGCCCGCUACUUCUCCGAAGGUGACAGAUUGUUGGUCGCUCAGGGUGUAUCUGGCUCAGUCCUUGACCGUGGCUCAGUUACCAAAUUUGUGCCCUAUCUAAUCGCUGGUGUUCAGCACUCCAUGCAAGACAUCGGCGUCAAGAGCCUCGUCGCUCUUCGCGAGGGUGUAAAUGACGGCACUGUUCGGUUCGAGCUACGGACUGUCAGCGCUCAGGCGGAGGGCAACGUCCACGGUCUUCACAGCUACGACAAGAAGCUGUAUUCCUGA